AUGUCUGCGCCGUCAAGUCUAUCGGAACGUCGCGAUGAAGCCAUGACAGAAUCAACAUCAUGGCUGGCCAAGGUCCAUCCGUAUUUCAAGAAUCCAUCACAUGUUCUGGUGUUUAAAUUAGAUUGCUUGUUGCUGGUGUGGGCAUUUAUAGCUGGUCUAUUCAAAGACAUGGAUCAAUCUGCCACGACGGCUGCAUUUGUCUCGGGAAUGAAGGAAGACCUCAAUCUCUACGGCAACGAACUGGUAGAAUUUACGACAUAUUUCUCCAUCGGCUAUGCGAUCUUUAUCGUCCCAUCGCAACUCAUCCAAACACGAGUCCGACCAUCUAUCUUCCUCCCAGUUUGUGAGAUUAUAUGGGGACUUUUUACUCUAUUCACAUACAAAGCCCCAAAUGCCAAAAUUAUAUUUGCGCUGAGGUUUCUGCUUGGUGUAUUCGAGUCUACAUCGUGGCCAGGUAUCGUGAAUCUGAUCUUCAACUGGUACCGUCCCGAAGAACUUGGUAAACGACUGGCUAUUUUCGGCGUCAGUGGUGUAGCAGGAAACAUGUUCCUCGGCAUCCUCCAAGCCGCACUAUACAAGAACCUCGACGGUGUCUCAGGCCAUGCUGGUUGGCAAUGGUUGUUUAUCGUCAGUGGUAUCAUGACGAUCUUCUGGGGUUUCAUCGGCCUACUCGUCAUUCCUGACUCGCCAGCCAUCACAAGGGCUCUUUGGCUUACCGAAGCCGAAAAAGAACUCGCACGUCUUCGAAUGAGCGACUGCGGUGUCAAAACAUCUGGUAUUAUACCGUUCAAGACACUCGUUCACAAACUCAAACUUCUCGUCAUGAGUCCAUUGUCAUAUUUGUUUCUUGCAGCUUAUCUUCAAUUUGCAUGGAGUCAGCGUGCAAACUCUUACUUCUUACUCUUCCUUAAAGGGUUACAAAAUCCAGACGGAACACCGCGUUAUUCAGUAUACACAGUUAACCUGAUCCCACUCGGCGGUUAUGCUAUCAGCAUAGUUUGCAAUAUUGGCCUCAACGCCCUCAGUGAUUGGAAAGCGUGGCGUUGGCAGGUUAGCGUUGGCGCCGCCACGGUCCAACUUAUAGCGACAUCUGUUCUUUCAGGCUGGCCUGAUUCGUGGAGAACCAUUAUGGGCUUUUACUUCCUUACUUUUGCCACUGCAGCUUGGGGAUAUGCAUUGCUUGCUUGGGUCGGUGAAAUUUUGAGAAAGGAGCCCGAGGUACGAUCUAUUCUAGUGGCGAUUGCUAUUACACUGGUCUAUGUUGGCCACGCAACUAUUCCUUUACGCGCUUGGCGUGUGAGUGAUUCUCCCAGAUAUCCCGUUGGAUUUCCUCUAGCUGCUGCGUUUAGUGCCGGAAGUAUCCUUGCUAUUCUAGGGAUUCUGUUCUAUGUGCGGAAAUAUCCCAAGGUCAUCAGCUGGGGACUUGAUCCUACUAAUGAAGUCGCGGUGGAGGAAGAGGGUAUUUCUGGGACGAAUGAUCGAAAGCAACCGGACGAACGAAGUAUUCAGGUUUGA